ACCAGUUACGUUUUACAUUUAUGGUGAGAGUGGAGCAGGAAAGUCUGGGCUAGUUUCUAAAUUAUUUUUUAAUGAAUAUUAUGCUAAAUCUAAAAAACAAAAAUCAGGAUCUAACUGGUGGGAUGGGUAUAAGAGAUAUGAGAUAGUUCUUUUUGAUGAAUGGUAUACAUCAAUGGAUUGGAAUGAUAUUGUAAAAUAUUUGAACGAUACUCUGGAGAAUGUUGAGCAAAAAGGCAAGACAUUUGUGUCUUUCCUUGCUAAGCAUGGUAUAUGGCAUAAUAAGAUAGAUCUUUGUACUACCGAGUUAAUAUUUCAUAAAGGUUCAGAGGAAGAAUUUCGAAACAUGACAUGGGAUAUAAAAUAUCGUAAAGGUGAAUUUACAUCUGAGGAACUAAAGGCUGUAGUGUAG